AAAUUUUCCGAGUGUACCAAAAUACACUCCAAGGUCAACUGCGAUUAACUUAUCACCAUUUGGUUCAUCUUUUAUUAGUUGUUGUCUUUUAAUUCGCGUUUAUUUAUAGGAACUUUUGCACCUGAGGUCAAACGCACACCUUUUCCCAUUUUGACAUUUGACGUGUGGUGGCGCCACCAGCAGCCGUCAAGUUUGUUGUGUUAUUGAUUGAAUCGUACAAAUUGAAAAUCUCCGUAUUUCUCGCAACAACCCGCAAAUUCUGCCUUUUGCCACCAAACACCAGCCGACUCCAAUCAAAAAAUGUCGAAGAAAGCCAUCGCCGAUCAAGAAGUCACCAUCAAAGACUCCCUCUUCGAAUUCGUCCGAACACACACCACCAACGCCGAUCUAACUCUAAUCGACGACAUCGUGUUGUCCUACGUAAUCGCGAUACUCGAGGACGUCAGCUCAGACCCGGUCUUCAACGUCGAAGAUUUCUGCGAAAUGAUGUCCGCUUAUUUUCCCGAAUUCGAGUCGAUAAAUCACGCCACCGUGUGUCAGUGGAUUUUCGAACUGGCUGCCAAGUUGCGGGUCGACGAGCCUGAAGAAAAGUCGGUCGUUGAGAUUUCGUUACCGGAGAUCGUUCCCAAGACCAAACCGAGGCAGCUGGAUAACAGGGAGAGCUUCGACGUGCCAAAGAGGGUGCACAGGUUGUCGGAGAUGAGCGACGGGGGCUCCACGGACAGCUCUUGUUGUGACUUUUUGGACGAGAUUGACGUUUUGCAGGAGAUGUUUCCGACGGUGUGCUCGAUCGAGGUGAAGCACUGCCUCGCCAUCGCCAGCGGCGACAUCGAGCGCGCCACCCAGAUCCUGAUCGAUCGCCAGGAGAACGGGCAGUGCCUCAACCAGAACAACUCGCUGACGAUCCACGUGAACAAGACCAUGAUCGACGACGCCGAGCUGAAGAACCGCAUAAUCGAGCGCUACUCGUACAUCGACAAGGACUCGUUCACCAAGGAGCACCGGCCCGUGGCGCCCAAGGUCGAGCCGAAGAAGUUGGUGCGCUACCGCGACAACAAGAUCGUCAGUUUGAAGGGUGAGCGCUUCACCGAGGUGAAGAAGGGGGAGGACGUCGACGACAUAUCGCUGAAGAAGAACAAGAAAGGCCACACCCCGUAACCAAUAAAUUGGCGGGACGAUCGGAUGGGCGGGGCUGGGGCGUGUCUUAGCUAUAUUUCAAUAUCCAGUAGAUACGUAGGCUAUAUUUAUGUAAAGUUUGGCACUUUUAACUAGCUAUAAGGAGCAAGUGUUGGGUAGGGGACGGCGCGUCCGGAACCCAACAACUUGCUCCUUUUAUCGUACACCGUUAGUAUUAUUAAAGUGUAAGAUGCAAGACUAGUCAAAAAGCGGGCGGCGGCGGCGGCGGCGUCCGCGUUGUGUGCGAAUUGUAUCCUACUGAUUCAUUUUUAAAUACCUGUGAUUCUCGUAAAGUAAAUGUAUUUUCUUACAUUUUCUCUAUCUUAUGUCGAUUCUGAGUGAUAUUAAUAUUGAUUCCUGACAGGGCUUCACUAUUUGUUGUGUUGUUUGUAAAUUAAGUUAUGAUCCUCAUUAUUUUAAGGUUUUACUCCAAUCGUGUUUAUGUUCGUGUGUGAAAGUUGUUCUUUUUACGGUAGCCUUUUUUACCUUUUAUUGGUUAAAUAUAAGAUAUGUUAAGUGUA